GAAAAGAAAUUAAUCUGAACAAGCGGAACCAGAUUCAUUUGAAACCGAUUCCCCUCUUUGUCUUUGGCCAGUAGCUGUACCUUGUCCUUCUUCAUUUCGUGGUUCCAAAGCAGAAAACUUUUGGCAACUCAGAUUCGCUCAUGAGUGAGCUACAACCCACUAAUCCUCCUCAAGGCUCAAGCCAUUAUAAGUGAAGGACCACAGCAUUUUGAUGCUCAAGCUAUCUAUCCCUUCCAACUUGUUUCUUCCUUAUGGCCUCCAGCACUUUGAGCAAACAAAAGCCUUAUGAUUCGUGUUGGACCCCAAAACAGAACAAGGUGUUUGAAAAGGCACUUGCAAAGUAUGACAAGGAUACCCCUGACCGCUGGCACAAUGUAGCCAAAGCAAUUGGUGGUAAAUCAGAAGAUGAUGUUAAGAGACACUAUCAGAUACUCUUGGAGGAUCUCAGGCACAUUGAGUCUGGCCAUGUUCCCAUUCCCAAUUACAAAUCAACACCAACUACCUUUCCUCUUUCAACAACACUCGUAGGCUUCUGAAGUAUCUAAAGCUGAAAUGGUUUGAAGCAAUGCCUGCGUCAACACCAGCUGUGUAAAGCAUAUGUGUGUGUAGUGUACUACUAUAUGAAUCUGCAUAUCUUCUUCUGUCUCUUUCCCCAUCUUCCUACUCCUUAUCCUACAGUUGUAACUUGUAAUAUAGGUAAUUUUAAUGAACUAUGAUAUUUUAGAAACAUGUUAUUUUGUCAA